CGCACAAGCGCAGGUUACCUCAGAUCCGGAAGUUGAUCUCUGGGACAGACGGCGACCCUGCGGCCCGUGAGUUCCCUUUGUGUGGAUUAAGUGUCCGCUUCGCAGUCCUCAGCGCUUCCAUACCCAGGAUCCAGGGCAGUAGAGACCUUAAAGCCCCGCACGGCUCCUUCCUUCCCAACCCAGCUCAGUGGCUCUGUCUGGGGCCCCAGACAAUGCCCAGAGUUCUCCGCACUGCUGCUCAAGCUCUCCUCAAGGCAGUUCAACUGAGUGCCAAGUCCAAAAACAUCGAAACAGUUCACAGACUUACUGCAUGUGAGGAAGCAGGCCAGAUCAGAAGGAAGAGGAAAGCAGAGGAUUCAGGAAUGGCUUUUACUCAGGGACACUUGACAUUCAGGGAUGUGGCCAUAGAAUUCUCUCAGGAGGAGUGGGAAUGUCUGGACCCUGCUCAGAGGGCUCUGUACAGAGCCGUGAUGUUGGAGAACUACAGGAACCUGAUCUCUCUGGGAGAAAAGCCCUGGACUGUGGAGAGCCAAGUGAAAAUAGCAAGAAAACAAAAGCGGUGGGAACGUGUCAAAGGUGUGAUCACAGAUAUCUCUCCUAAAUGCGUGAUCAAGAAAUUACCCCCAACAUGGAAAAGUACCACAGGAGACAUAUUCCACACACUGAUGUUGGAAAGACAUGAAAGCUAUCCUAGUGGAGAUUUUUGCUUCAGGGAAAUUCAGAAAAAUAUCCAUGACUUUGAGGUUCAGUGGAGAGAUGAUGAACAAAAUUGCAACGCAGUGCCUUUGGCAAAAAAAGAAAAUUUUACUGGUGGUAGAGGCCAACCUGAUACAGUGGAUGCUGGAAACAAGGCUGUUACAAAUGAGGUUGGGUUAAACUUUCAGUCACAUCCCCCUGAACUAAAUGUAUUUCAAGACGAAGGGAAAAUUGGUAAUCAAUUUGAGAAGUCUGUCAACAAUUGUUCCUCAGUUUCAGUAUCCCAAAGUAUUUCUUAUAAGUUCAAAACCCAUAUUUCUAAUAAAUAUGGGAAUGAUUUCAACUAUUCUUCAUCACUCACACAAAAACGAAAAGCACACAUUAGAGGAAAACCUUACAAAUGUAAUGAGUGUGGCAAAUUCUUUAAUUACCUCUCACACUUCACUAUACAUCAGAUAAUCCAUUCUGGAGAGAAACCAUAUAAAUGUGAUGUAUGUGGCAAGGACUUUAAUCAUAAAUCAAACCUUGCACGGCAUCGUAAAAUUCAUACUGGAGAGAAACCUUACAAGUGUAAUGAGUGUGGCAAAGCCUUUAGUGUGCGCCCACAUCUCACUCGACAUCAGAGAACGCACACUGGAGAGAAACCGUACCAGUGUAAAGAAUGUGACAAAGCUUUCAGUCACAAUUCAUGUCUUGCAAUACAUUGGAGAAUUCAUAGUGGAGAGAAACCUUACAGGUGUGAUGAAUGUGGGAAAGACUUCAGUCAGAAGUCAAGCCUUGCAACGCAUCAGAGAAUUCAUACUGGAGAGAAACCCUAUAAGUGUAAUGAAUGUGGCAAAUUGUUCAAUCAAACUGCAGCCCUUAAAAGUCAUCAGAGAAUUCAUACUGGAGAGAAGCCUUACAAAUGUAAUGAAUGUGGCAAAGUCUUUAGUCAAACUGCAUCCCUUGCAAAUCACUGGAAAAUUCAUACUGGAGAGAAACUUUAUAAGCGUCAUAAAGUUGGCAACAGCUUCAGUAAAAGUGCAGCCAUUGCAAAUCACUGGAGAGUUUAUAGUGGAGAGAAAGCUUUAAAAGUGUAAUAAAUACGGCAAGGUGUUUAGUUAAACUGUACACCUCACGAAAUAUCAGAAAACUCACACUGGAGAGAAACAUUGCAAAUGUAAUGAGCAUGGCAACAUCUUUAGUCAAAAUUCACUCCUCAACAUCAUAAAAUUCAUUCUUGACAUAAUCUGUACAAAUGCAAUGAGCAUAAAACUACUUCAUGAGUUCAAAAAGUAACAUUAGAGAGCUUAUAUGAAUGUGGAGUUAUAUAACUAAUGUCUAUCACGAAGGAGUCUUGCAACUCACUAGACACCAAAAUAUGUCUUUGAUGCACCAUGCAAUUAUAAAGUGCAUGAUCAGACUAUUGCCCAUGUUUCAGAGAUACAAAGGAUCAAAAGACUUACAAUGAGGGGUGGUGCCUGUGGCUCAGUGGGUAGGGCGCCAGCCCCAUAUACUGAGGGUGGCGGGCUCGAACCCGACCCCAGCCAACUAAAACAGCAACGAGAAUUGCAACAAAAAGUAGCCUGGCGUUGUGGCGGGUGCCUAUAGCCCCAGCUACUUGGGAGGCUGAGGCAAGAGUAUCGCCUAAGCCUAGGAGUUGGAGGUUGCUGUGAGCAAAGUGAGACUGUCUCAAAAGAAAAAAAAAAAAAGACUUACAUAAGGAAUAACUCAGUGUCUAGUUAACUAUACUGUAGGACAAAUACAAGUUAAAAUAUAUUAAAACCGGGCGGCGCCUGUGGCUCAGUCGGUAAGGCGCCGGCCCCAUAUACUGAGGGUGGUGGGUUCAAACCCGGCCCCGGCCAAACUGCAACCAAAAAAUAGCCGGGCGUUGUGGUGGGCGCCUGUAGUCCCAGCUGCUUGGGAGGCUGAGGCAAGAGAAUCGC